GUAUCUCAGUAACAGUUCUUAAAAAAAAAAAAGCUGUUUGCAGUCAUGAGGGCUGAUAUUGCCCCAUAGGCCAGGGCCUAAGAGGAGUAGAAAUAAGAUUUUCCAGAAGCCACUAGAGGGACUUCUCUGGUGGCGCAGUAGUUAAGAAUCCCCCUGCCAAUGCAGGGGAUGUGGGUUCGAUCCCUGCUCUAGGAAGAUCCCACAUGUCCACGUACAGCAUCGAAGACUAAAUAAAUAAAAUUUGCAAAAAAAAAAAAAAAGCCACUAGAAUGUUUGGAUAUUAAGUGCUUAGUUAAUGCCAGGCACUUUUCUGGGGAUAUAAUGGUUAAUGACAUAGGCAAGAUCCCUGCUGUCAUGGAAACAGAUGAGGGUACUAUGUUAGAACAGGGUAAGAUGUGAGUGGGUGUGUGGGUGAGUUGGGGGUGGGUAGGAAAGGUCUAUUUGAGGAGGUGACAUUGAAGCUGAGACCUGAAGGGUGGUUUGGAGGUAGCCAUGCCAGGAGCAUCCUAGAUAGAGGGCCAGCAAGUUCAGAGGUCCUAAGAUGGGGAGGAGCUUGGUGUGUCCUAGUACCUUUCAGAAGCUGGGUUGUUGGAGCUUCAUGAACAAAGGGGCGAGGGUCAGGGGUUGAGGGAAAGGCAGGCUGGGCUAGACCUUGCUGAACCUUGUAUGCUCUGAACAGGAGUGUAUAUUUCAUUCAAAGAGCAAGAACCCCUGAAGGUUUUUAAGCAGGGGAGGAACAUGGUUUGCACGAGUUCACUUGGCCUCUCAAGUGGAUGUCAUGCGAUAUUUAAAACUAGGCUAAGCGCUGCUCACACCAUGGCUUGGGUCCCGAAUGCGCCACAGCCUCUCGAGAGACGUGGGUCCUCGGAGCCUCUCUAGUGCCGGAGCUCGGGCCACAGGCAGCUCUGCGGCGGGGGAAUAACAGAACCUCUGGAAUGGAUGGACUCUUCCCGAGCAGCUUUGCUGAUUUCCAGCAGCUGGACAAUGUUCCUCAUUAAUAUCUGUCUGUCAGCAUAAUCAUCACAUCAUUUCACUCUGGUGGCAGGGACUCAGCUCCGAAUUCUGUAUAGAAAAAGCACCGGGAUACCAGUCUUUCAAUGGCUUCGAGACAACCAGAAGUGCCUGCUCUUGAGCCUAGUGGGCCUCUAAGCAAGAUGUCCCUGCCCAUUGGGAUGUACCGCCGGGCAUUCAGCUAUGAUGAUGCCCUCGAGGACCCUACGCCCAUGACUCCUCUUCCAUCGGACAUGGGCAGCAUCCCCUGGGAGCUAGUGAUUCCAGAACGCAAGUAUCAGGACCUCGCCAAGGUGGAGGAAGGAGAGGCCAGUGUCUCCUCCUGUGUCCCGCACCCGCCAUCGGCCACUGACAGUGUGGACAAGGUCCCCGUGGUGACGGCUAAAGCUACCCACGUCAUCAUGAGUUCUCUGAUCACAAAACAGACCCAGGAGAGCAUUCAGCGUUUUGAGCAACAGGCAGGGCUGAGAGAUGCUGGCUACACACCCCACGAGGGCCUCACCACCGAGGAGACCAAGGACCUUCGAGUGGCAGAAGCGCUCCACAAACUAAAGCUCCAGAGUGGAGAGAGAACAAGAGAGGAGAAGCGGCCGGCCUCCACCCAGUCCACCCCAAGCAGCAGCCCCCACUCUUCCCCUAAGCAGAAGCCCAGAGGCUGGUUCACUUCUGGUUCUUCCACAGCCUUACCUGGCCCCAAUCUUAGCACCAUGGAUUCUGGACGCGGGGAUAAAGACAGAAGCUCGGCAGAUAAAUGGAGUCUCUUUGGACCAGGAUACCUCCAGAAGUCUGAUUCAGGAGGUUUUGCCGUCCAGGCCUACAAAGGAGCGCAGAGGCCUUCUCCAGUAGCACUGAUUCGCGCGCAGGCCACCCGAAUGGCCGAGGAUCCGGCAACAUUCAAGCCGCCCAAGAUGGACAUCCCAGUGAUGGGAGGGAAGAAACAGCCGCCGCGGGCCCACCGCCUCAAACCCCGGGACCUGAAUGUCCUCACACCCACUGGCCUCUAG